CGGUGGCGCGUUCCCACCCGUGCUGCGCUGGCCGUCUCGGCGUUCACAGUUUAUAAUGCGCGAUAAAAUGGUCGACCUGGAAGCUUUAAUUGCAUUGGUUUACGAGAGGCCAGCAAUAUGGGAUAGGGAGUCGAGAAACCACUCCAAGAGGCACGUUGUGGAAAAAUGCUGGGCUGAAAUCAGCAGUGAGAUGAAAACUGAUGAGACCGUGCUAAGAAAGAAAUGGAAGUAUCUGAGAGACCAGUUUGCAGUAGAACUUGGAAGAAAACCAGCAUCAAGAUGGCCUUAUUUACAUUUGUUAAUGUUUUUGGAGGACUUUGUGAAAGUUAGAAAGCCAGGAAAAGUGCGCCGUGUCUCGGUCUCGGAUUCAACUGAAUCUGCUGCAUCCACAUCUGAAGAGCUGCCAACAGAAGUCUGCAAGACCUGUAGGACGGAUGCAGAACCAUGUGAUCUCAAAAUGUUGGCUUCAUCACCGCAGAGCGUAUGCGACGUUUCCCUAGAAGCUGAGAAGACAUGCUCAAGUAAUAAGCCGUUAUUACUUUCGUCCUCGCAGUUGUCUGCUCGAGAGAAAAAAGAUAAGUACCGCCAACUAAAACAUUAUAAUAAAAGCGUUUUAGAAACAGGAAAAAAAAACUCCAAUAUUCACUGGCAAAAUACCACAAGAAAAGGCAAACAGAUGACCUCGACGACGACGGCGAUGACUGCGACGAACUGUUUUUGAAAAGUUUAAUGGUGCACAUUAAAAAAAUUCCAGAAUGUAAAAAAUUAUUGUUUAGGAAUAGGAUUAAUGAGAUAGUACAAGAGUUUGCUUAUCCAAAUCAACAAACAUCCCACAUAACAGAGUAGUGUCCCUCUACUCAUAUUCUACUAGUUGACUUGUAAUUAAUAAUUACAGUUUGUUAACAUGUUUUCUUG